AUGGGCGCCAGCGUCGAGGCCGGCGGCGCCACCGCCUGCAGCGCGCAAGCCUCCUUCCUUGGCGUCGGCAACGCCGAGUGCAUCUCCAUGCACCUCGGGUACGCGUCCUUCCUCGUCGCCGUCAUCGUCGCCAUCUCGGUCGUUCUCGACGCGAUCCUCGCGUACUCCCGGCAUGCGAUCCAGUGCCCGCAGAUGAAGCGCAUCGUCAACCGCUUCUUUGAGGAGCUCAUGAUCAUGGGCUUCAUCUCGAUGUGCAUCUUUGCCAUCGACACGAGCGGCCUCGUCGAGGAGGUCUCGUUCGGCGUCGACGACCUCACGCGCCUCCAGCUGCUGCACUUCCAAGAGUUUUUUCACUACGUGGUCUUUAUGACGACGGUGUACUACGUGGCGAUCAUGCUGCUGCUCCUCGUCAUUGCUACAGUGGUGCCACGACUGCUCUAUGGCACGCCGAGCGACGAGCAGGACGAUGCGACACCGCUGCUCGAGCACGCCGACGCGGACGAACCGCUCUUGAGCCCGUCAGUCGUCUACUCGCGGCAGUACGACGCCAAGCGGACGCGCGAUGAGACCUCGGGCUACAACUUUGUCCAUGCGUCGCGCAUGUACUACCUGCUCCGGCAGCGCUACAAGCGCGAAGGCGUCUUCUUCAAGUUCAAUUUGCUCAAGCAGUUUGCGCUAUGGAAGAGUUUCGAGCUCUUGGCGUACAACGUGUGCCAGUACCGGAGCAAGUAUUUGUACAAGAACCCGAGCGAGAUGCAGCGCAUCUUUGGCCUCUCGCACCGGUCGUCGCACCACGUGAGCUUCCGCCGCUUCCACACGCUCUGCACGCGCCACCUCCUGGCGACCGUCGCGCAUCUGCACUACACGACGUUCUUUGUACUCGUCGUGCUCAUCGUGGCGGCCGGCGCGCUCCCGACUGCGACGGCCUACGUCUUCCUCGGACUCGCGACGUGCCUAGCCAUCCUGACCUUUGUCAUCAUGAUCAAGACGCUCCGAAUUCUCAAGGGCAUCAUCAAGGACCGUCUCUUGGUGCUGACGCGCCAAGACAUUGAGGCCAUGCUGCAGCGGUCGUCCGACGAUGCUCUCAUGUCGCCCGAGCGCCGGCGCCCGACGCUCAAGGGCGUCGCCCAGAUGAUCCGGGCGACGAUCCGACUGCAAAUGUCCGUCUUGUGCCACCGGCAGCUGCACUACCACGACACGCGGUUUUGGUUUCACCGGCCGUGGUUUCUACUGCGGCUCUUCCAGCUCUCGACGACGGGCCAAGCGUUCUACCUUGUCUGGCUCACGCUCGUCGUCGCCAAGGACCCGCUCUUGCCAACUUGGAUGCUGGCGUGCAUGGUGCUAGCGCCCCUCGCGUCGCUGUUUAUACUGACGCCGCUGACCAUGCCGAGCCUCGUGCUGGUCAUGAGUCUUGCGGGCUUCUUUGUCGAGCAGGACCCGCACGGCCAAAACAACAACGGCUUUGACGAGCUCCAGCCGCAACACCUCACGGCCAAGGACCGCAUCCGGAUUGCCCGCAAGUCAUACCUGCGCAACACGGAAGAGACAUCGACCAGUGUCCCGUGCAACGCGGAUGUGUGCAUGAGCUUCUCGUCGAAAGGCUCGAUGGCGGCGCUGCCGGCGGCAUCACCCCAAGCCUCCUCCGACAUGCUGCUGCACAUGUACGACAUCCCGGCCGUGUCGCCGGCGUCGUCGGGGCGCCACUCCAAGCGGGGCACCCGGUCCCUCGUGACGACGCCAGUCGAGACCGAGUACAUGCUGCAGGGCACACCGCGGAGCUUCUUCCAGGAGACCAAAAUGUUCCAGAACUACUGCUCAAGCUACGGUGGGUACGCCACGCCCAACAACACGGUCGCCGUCCCCAACAACUUCAACUACAACGACGCCACGAGUACCCACGACGAGAACGACAACAACCAGGCAGUGCGAGGCGACGAGGCUGCAUAA